AUGGCGACACCUGCAGCCUAUCAAAUCGAACCGCUGGAGGCUCGCCAGAAGAAGUACGCCCACUGCAUCGAGGAGCUCCGCAAGGUGCUGAAGAACCCGGAGAAGCAACUCGUUCUCGAUCACAAGAAGCUGCUGCGCUUCGGCAUCGAUGAGUCUCCGCUGGAUCCCGUGGCACCUGCGGCUGCGGUGCUGCCCUCCACCAUCGAGGAGGCCGCCGCUGUAGUGAAGCUCUGCGCUAGCUUGCGCGUGCCCAUGACGCCCAGCGGUGCUCGCACUGGACUGGAGGGCGGUGCGAUCCCCUUCGCUGGUGGUGUCGUGAUUGACACGGUGAAUCUGAAGCGCAUGGACUUCGACGUGGAGAACGCGUGUGUGUGGGUGGGCGCGGGUGUGAAGAAGCUCGCGCUGAACAGGGAGUGUACGAAGCGUGGCUUCCUGUUCGGCCCUGAUCCCGCCUCCAACCCGUCGGUCGGUGGAAUGGUGUCGACGUCCGGCAGCGGCAUGUCGACGCUGCGCUACGGCACGACGCGGGAGAACGUGAUUUCGCUGAAGGUUGUGACGCCGGCGGGGGAUGUGUUGCAGACACGGCAGGUGGUGCGCAAGUCCUCUGCCGGGCUGGAGCUGACGCAGCUGUACAUUGGGUCGGAGGGCACGCUGGGCAUCAUCUGCGAGGUCUGUUUCCGCCUGUUUCCGUUGACCAAGUACUGUAGACGCUUUCGGGGUUGA